ACCCCCGCUGCUGCCCAACCCAGAGGCAGCUGAUGAGGGGCUAUGCGAUUCUGGGGAUGGUGGUGGGACAACCAGAACAAUGGAAGAACCAGGAACGGCGUCGGCCGCCGGUCUUGUCACCAUGUUCAGCUGGGUGAACAAGGAUGCGCGGCGCAAGAAGGAGCCCGAGCUCUUCCAGACGGUGGCCGAAGGUCUGAGGCAGCUGUACGCGCAGAAGCUGCUGCCUCUGGAGGAGCACUACCGCUUCCACGACUUCCACUCGCCCGCGCUCGAGGAUGCCGACUUCGACAACAAGCCCAUGGUGCUGCUCGUGGGCCAGUACAGCACGGGCAAGACCACGUUCAUCAGACACCUCAUCGAGCAGGACUUCCCCGGUAUGCGCAUCGGACCCGAGCCCACCACCGACUCUUUCAUAGCCGUGAUGCACGGCACGGCCGAGGGCGUGGUGCCGGGCAACGCGCUUGUGGUGGACCCGCGCCGGCCCUUCCGCAAGCUCAACGCCUUCGGUAACGCCUUCCUUAACCGGUUCAUGUGUGCCCAGCUGCCCAACCCCGUCCUGGAGAGCAUCAGCAUCAUCGACACGCCGGGAAUCCUCUCUGGAGAAAAACAGCGGAUCAGCAGAGGUUACGACUUCGCGGCCGUCCUCGAGUGGUUUGCCGAGCGUGUGGACCGCAUCAUCCUGCUCUUUGACGCCCACAAACUGGACAUCUCGGACGAGUUCUCGGAGGUGAUCAAGGCCCUGAAGAACCACGAAGAUAAGAUCCGGGUGGUUCUGAACAAGGCGGACCAGAUCGAGACGCAGCAGCUGAUGCGGGUCUACGGGGCCCUCAUGUGGUCGCUGGGCAAGAUCAUCAACACCCCCGAGGUGGUGCGCGUGUACAUCGGGUCCUUCUGGUCCCACCCCCUCCUCAUCCCAGACAACCGGAAGCUCUUUGAGGCCGAGGAGCAGGACCUCUUCAAGGACAUUCAGUCUCUGCCCCGGAACGCCGCCCUCAGGAAGCUCAAUGACCUGAUCAAGCGGGCCCGGCUGGCCAAGGUCCACGCCUACAUCAUCAGCUCCCUCAAGAAGGAGAUGCCCAACAUGUUCGGCAAAGAGAGCAAGAAGAAGGAGCUGGUCAACAACCUGGGGGACAUCUACCAGAAGAUCGAGCGCGAGCACCAGAUCUCCCCCGGGGAUUUCCCAAACCUUCGCAAGAUGCAGGAAUUGCUGCAGACUCAGGACUUCAGUAAGUUCCAGGCCCUGAAGCCCAAGCUCUUGGACACGGUGGACGACAUGCUGUCCAAGGACAUCGCCCGCUUGAUGGUGAUGGUGCGCCAGGAGGAGUCGCUCAUGCCCUCGCAGGCCGUGAAAGGGGGCGCCUUCGACGGCACCAUGAACGGGCCCUUCGGCCACGGCUACGGAGAAGGGGCCGGGGAGGGCAUCGACGACGUGGAGUGGGUGGUGGGCAAGGACAAGCCCACCUACGACGAGAUCUUCUACACCCUGUCUCCCGUCAACGGCAAGAUCACGGGCGCCAACGCCAAGAAGGAGAUGGUCAAGUCCAAGCUCCCCAACACGGUCCUGGGCAAGAUCUGGAAGCUGGCCGACGUGGACAAGGACGGGCUGCUGGACGACGAGGAGUUCGCCUUGGCCAACCACUUGAUCAAGGUCAAGUUGGAAGGGCACGAGCUUCCCGCCGACCUGCCCCCGCAUCUGAUCCCGCCCUCCAAACGGAGGCAUGAGUGACCGCGGCCUCCGCCCUCCCCGGCAGGGGGGCCGCCCCCCUCUCGCCCCUCGGCGUCCCCAGCAGCGGCAGAAGUUGGGGGGGAGGGGAAGGGCUCCCAUUCUCAGCGCUCCCUUGCCGUGUCUGUUCCAUAAAGACCUAACUAACAGAUGGGUUUCCGCAGCUCUCGAAAAGGAAAACCACCGUUCAAACCGCUUCCCCCGAGCCUGGUGGGAGACAGGGCCAGCACUUGUCAAUGUUGGAAUUUUGUGCACAAGAACUAUGGAUAUUUUUAAUAUAUGAAGUUAGAGGCAGUAUUCUUUCUUGCUCCCUCCCUCCACUGUGUGUGCCCCCGCCCCGGGAAGAGACCCUGCCCCUUCCCUCCCCCGACCAUCUAAAGCAGGGGCCGGACAGCCGGAGCCCAGGCCCCAUGGCGUAGCUCCCCGCUCCCCGCUCUGGCUGCGGGACCUCUGGCCGUGACCACCGCGGGGGGAGGGGGCGUCACGGGCCGCUGGCCACCUCCCUCUCUGUUCUUGAAUUCACUCGGUACUCGUGCCUUUGCCCACCCUCGCCCACAGCACUGGCUCCCCCCUCGAGGCCCUGUGCACCCUCCCCAGACACCUCCCCCGGCACACCAGCUUAGAUGCUCCAGGAGCUCCCCCCGGGAAGGCCCAGCAGCCCCCGGGGCUUUCGUCUGUGGAAGAAAACCAACUAGUUCUUUUUUACACUUGACUUUGGCUUCCUGGAAGUUUCUGGCCAAUCUGGAAACGGGUCUAGACCCCCCUUCCACAAGCACCAGCCUGAGGACAGCUGUGGAGGCCCCUGGUCUGGGAGCCACUGACGGCCCUGCUCAACCUCAGACCCUCUGGGUCAAGGUGGUGCCUUCCCUGGGCCCGUCCUACGUGUCUGAGAAGGCUCGGUACCGUGGCCCGAGGACGCCCGGCCCCCCCUUAAACCGGGCCCAGGUCUCGGAGAGUCGAGCCGAGUCCCGGGCCUGCUCUCCCCCUUGUGGGCGGCCUCGGGAAGCCGGUGCCCAUCGGGAAGGCCUCCUUCUCCUGCACUUUGGGCCUUGGGAGCUCGUGGAGGACAAAGCGGCCCCUGGCCGGGCUGGACUCGGGGAGCCUCUUGUCCUCUGGGCCCGAGGCCUCCAGAACGUGGCGGCGGCGUUCCCUGCAGCCGCACCGGCCACCUCCUUCCAGGGCUGGGGGGUGGGGGGAGGCUCAUCUCUUAUGGAAAGGGUCUUAUUUAUACUCACAUGUGGAAAACCUGGAAAAAAAGGAAGAUUUUUUUUCUUGCAUUAAAAAAUGGAAACUGGCGCCUAA